GCGAAAUUUUGUUGGGUCGGCAUGUCGGACAGCGCGUCCAGUUUCCUGCACAUCGGAGACCUGGUGUCUCUGUACGCUGAAGGCACCGUCAAUGGCUUCAUCAGCACCCUGGGGUUGGUGGAUGAUCGCUGUGUGGUGGAACCAGCCGCCGGAGACCUGGAGAACCCACCCAAGAAAUUCAGAGACUGCCUGUUCAAGGUGUGCCCAAUGAGUCGCUACUCGGCCCAGAAGCAGUUCUGGAAAGCCAAGCAGGCCAAACACGAGAAAGACAAGAUUGGCGACGUGGUUCUGCUCCAAAAACUGCAGCAUGCUUCUAAUUUGGAGCAGAAGCAAAACGAGACGGAGAACAAGAAGGUCCAUGGAGACGUUGUCAAGUACGGAACUGUCCUCCAGCUGCUGCACAUGAAGAGCAACAAGUACCUGACCGUGAACAAGCGACUGCCCGCGCUGCUGGAGAAGAACGCCAUGCGCGUCACACUGGACGGGACGGGCAACGAAGGCUCGUGGCUCUUCAUCCAACCUUUCUGGAAGCUGCGCGCCAACGGAGACAAUGUGGUGGUGGGAGACAAAGUGAUCUUGAACCCUGUCAAUGCCGGCCAGCCACUCCACGCCUCAAACUACGAGCUGAGCGACCAUCCGGGCUGUAAGGAGGUGAACUCUGUGAACUGCAACACCAGCUGGAAAAUCAACCUGUUCAUGAUGUUCAGCGACCACCGGGAGGAAGUGCUCAAAGGCGGCGACGUGGUGCGCUUGUUCCACGCUGAGCAGGAGAAGUUUCUCACCUGCGACGAGUACAAGAGCAAAAUUCACGUUUUCCUUCGCACCACACUCAGACAGUCGGCCACGUCGGCGACCAGCUCCAACGCCCUGUGGGAGGUCGAGGUUGUCCACCAUGAUCCGUGUCGCGGAGGGGCGGGACACUGGAACAGCUUGUACCGCUUCAAACACCUGGCCACUGGGAACUACCUGGCAGCUGAGGAAAAUCCUGGUUACCGAGGCGACAACGCUGAAAUGACCACCUCGAUGGAAAGUAGUCGCGGCAGCAAGCGCUCUCACGGCGAGAGGAUCAAGUACAAGCUGGUGGCCAUGCUUCACGGCAACGACAUCGCCUCGCUCUUUGAGCUGGACCCCACCACGCUGCAAAAGACAGACUCCUUUGUACCGCGGAACUCGUACGUGCGCUUCAGGCACCUGUGCACCAACACAUGGAUCCAGAGCACCAACGUUCCCAUCGACAUCGACGAGGAGAGACCCAUCAGAUUAAUGUUAGGAACGUGUCCCACUAAAGAGGACAAGGAGGCAUUUGCCAUCGUCUCGGUUCCUGUCAUGGAGAUCCGAGAUCUGGACUUUGCCAAUGACGCCAGCGCCAUGCUGAGCACGGUGGUGGACCAGUUCAGUCGGGGCUUCAUCAGUCAGAACGAUCGACGCUUCGCCAUCAAACUGUUGGAGGACGUGGUCUUCUUUGUGGCCGACGUGGUCAACAGCGGCCAGACGGUGUUGGACAUCGCCAUGACCAAAGCCAACCGCGAGAGACAGAAGCUGAUGAGGGAGCAGAACAUCCUCAAGCAGAUCUUUGGCAUCCUGAAGGUUCCUUUCAAGGACAGAGGGGGUGGAGAAGGACCUCUGCUGCGUUUGGAAGAGCUAGCGGACCAGAAGAACUCUCCCUACCAGUACAUGCUCAGACUCUGCUACCGUGUCCUACGACAUUCACAGGAGGACUACCGCAAGAACCAGGAGCACAUCGCCAAGCAGUUUGGUUUGAUGCAGGGUCAGAUCGGUUACGACAUCCUGGCGGAGGACACCAUCACCGCGCUGCUGCACAACAACCGCAAGCUGCUGGAGAAGCACAUCACCAAGACCGAGGUGGAGACCUUCGUCAGCCUCGUCCGCAAGAACCGAGAGCCCCGGUUUCUUGACUACCUGUCUGACCUGUGUGUGUCCAACAACGUGGCCAUCCCCGUCACUCAGGAGCUCAUCUGCAAAUGUGUGUUGGACCCCAAAAACCAGGACAUCCUCAUCAAGACAGAGCGUCGCCUGCCAAAAGACGUGGCCCCCGGCGAAAUUUCUACACAGUACAUGGGAAUGGACGACUACGGAGACGAAGACGAGGUGUGGCUGGUGUGGGCCGACAAGACCAAUGAGAAGCAGGAGAAGAGCAUCAGGCAGCUUGCUCAGGAGGCCAGACAAGGCAACGCCCAUGAUGAGAACGUUCUCACCUACUACAGGUACCAGCUGAAGCUCUUUGCCAGGAUGUGCUUGGACCGCCAGUACCUGGCCAUCGACGAGAUCUCCAAGCAGCUGGACGUGGAGCUCAUCUUCUUGUGCAUGAUGGACGAGACGCUGCCCUUUGACCUGCGCGCCUCCUUCUGCCGCCUGAUGCUGCACGCCCACGUGGACCGAGACCCGCAAGAACUGGUCACGCCGGUCAAGUUUGCCCGCCUGUGGACCGAGAUCCCCACCUCUAUCACCAUCAAAGAUUACGACUCCAACAUGGACGACAGCAGAGACAACAAGAAGAACCGCUUCUCCAACACAAUGGUUUUCAUGGAGGAGUAUCUCAACAACGUACUCAACGAGGAGCUGCCCUUUCACAACGAGGAGAAGAACAAGCUGACGUACGAGGUGGUGAGCCUGGCCCGCCAUCUCAUUUACUUUGGCUUCUACAGUUUCUUUGAGCUGCUGCGACUUACCAGGACGCUGCUGGGCAUCAUUGACUGCAGGCCCAACCCCUCGCAAAGUAGCGCCGUGUUGCACGAGGACGCCUCAGGGAAGAACGUGAAGCGCUCCAUCCACGGCAUGGGCCAGAUAAUGACCACGAUGGUCCUGAACAGGAAGCAGUCCUUAUUUGGUGGGCCAGGUUCCCGGGGGGCGGGGCUGGGCAUGGACGGACAGCGGGCGACUAAAGACAGUAUCGACAAGAUAGACCUGACCGUGAUGGACACCAAGCUGAAGAUUCUGGAGAUCCUACAGUUCAUCCUGAACGUGCGUCUGGACUACCGUCUGUCCUUCUUGCUGUCCAUCUUCAAGAAGGAGUUUGUGGACAUUUACCCGCUGGCCGACGCCGACGCCACCACCAGCAUGGAGCAAGCAGCCGCCAUCAACCUGCAGCACAUAGGAGAGCAGGCCGAGGCCAUGUUUGGCGUCGGGAAGGGCAACAGCAUCCUGGAGGUGGACGACGAAGGAGGUCGCAUGUUUCUGCGGGUUCUGAUCCACCUCACCAUGCACGACUACCCGCCUCUGGUGUCUGGAGCUCUGCAGCUUCUUUUCAGACACUUCAGCCAGAGACAGGAAGUGCUGCACACCUUCAAACAGGUCCAGCUGCUGAUCUCUGCCCAGGACGUGGAAAACUACAAGCUGAUCAAGUCGGAUCUAGAUCGUCUCAGGACGCUGGUGGAGAAGUCUGAGCUGUGGGUGGAGAAGAAGACUGGCGGAGGCGGCGACGGCAAAAAGGACAAGAAAGACAAGAAGGAGAAAACAGAGGGAGCAGCAGAGGACGCGGCUCCCAAGAAAGAGAAAGGCGAGAAGAGCAACGAGAACUAUCAGAACGUCAAAGAGAUCCAGGAGAGGUUGAACAAAAUGUGCAGCAGUGGUGUGUGGAAGAAGCAGCAGAGGCUGCUGAAGAACAUGGGAGCUCAUAAAGUCAUGUUGGACCUGCUGCAGGUCUCCUACGACCAGAACGAUGUGAAGAUGCAGGAGAUCAUCAGGUACGCUCACCUGUUCCUGCAGAAGUUCUGCAUGGGGAACCAGGAGAACCAGGCUCUGCUGCACAAGAACCUCAGUCUCUUCCUCAACCCCGGGCUGCUGGAGGCGGAGACAGUGCAGCACAUCUUCUGCAACAACUACCAGCUGUGCACGGAGAUCUCGGAGAGCGUCCUGCAGCACUUCAUCCACUGCCUGGCCACGCACGGACGCCACGUCCACUACCUCAACUUCCUGCACACCAUCAUCAAGGCCGAGGGGAAGUACGUGAAGAAGUGCCAGGAUAUGAUCAUGACUGAGCUGACCAACGCUGGCGAGGACGUGGUGGUCUUCUACAACGACAAGGCCUCCUUCAACGUCAUGCUAGAGCUCAUGGCCGAGAGCAGGGAGGGCGUCGGCGACAACAGCCCGCUCAGGUACCACAUCUCUCUGGUGGAGCUGCUGGCGGCGUGCGCCGAGGGCAAGAACGUCUACACGGAGAUCAAGUGCACGUCACUGCUGCCGCUGGAGGACAUCGUGCGAGUGGUGACGCAUGAGGACUGCAUCACCGAGGUGAAAAUCGCCUAUGUCAACUUUGUCAACCACUGCUAUGUGGACACAGAAGUGGAGAUGAAGGAGAUCUACACCUCCAAUCACAUCUGGAAGCUCUUUGGGGACUUCACUGUGGACAUGGCCCAGGUGUGCAACAAGCGGGAUAAACGUCUCUCCGACCCCAUCCUGGAGAAAUACAUCAUCAACGUGGUCUUCGACACCAUCAACGCCUUCUUCAGCUCGCCCUUCUCCGAGAACAGCACCUCGCUGCAGAGUCAUCACACUAUCGUCACCCAGCUGCUGCAGUCGUCUGUGCGCCUGCUGGACUGUCCCUGGUUACAGCAGCAGCACAGAGCACAGGUGGAGACCUGCAUCAAGACCCUCGCUGUCACAGCCAAGAGUCGCUCCAUCACACUUCCUCUGGACUUGGAGGCUCAGAUCAGCGGCAUGUUGUCCACCAGCGCCCUCAACUCCCUGUCACGCUCCAACCCCAACUACAAGUCCUCCUCGCGCUCCUCGCGGCCCGUCGCCACCGGCAACCCCUGGGACUACAAGAACAUCAUCGAGAAGCUGCAGGACGUCAUCAACACGCUGGAGGAGCGCCUCAAGCCACUGGUCAACGCAGAACUCUCCGUCCUGGUGGACGUCCUCCACCAGCCUGAGCUCCUCUUCCUGGAAGGAACCGACGCCCGCCUGCGCUGCGAGUCUGGGGGCUUCAUCUCCAAGCUGAUCCAGCACACCAAGGCUCUGAUGUCCACAGAAGAGAAGUUGUGUAUCAAGGUUCUGAGGACGCUGCAGGAGAUGUUGAUCAGAACUCUGGACUUUGAUGAAAAGGGAAUUUCACUGCGCAAGGUUCUGCUGCUGAACUACUUGUAUCCCAACAAGAAGAACAAUCCAAAGAACGACCUGGCAGAACUCGGAGCAGCAGGUGGCGAGCAGGAGCGCGACUGGGCGGCCGUGGCGGCGAUCCAGUGUCGCCUGGACCGAGAAGGCGCCACCAAGCUGUUCACGGACCUGGUGAUGAGCAGCAAGAACGACAAGAUCUUCCAGGAGAGCAUCCAGGUGGCCAUCUGUCUGCUGGAGGGAGGUAACACUGAGAUCCAGAACUCCUUCUACAAGCUGAUGAUGGGAGACAACAAGUCCGAGAAGUUCUUCAAGGUUCUCCAUGACAGGAUGAAAGAGGCGCAGACCGACAUCAAGGCCACCGUGUCGGUCAACGUUGGCGAGAUGACGCAAAAAACCAACGAGAAGGACCUGGACAACAGUUCUUCUUCACCGCUCGGACUUGGCACCGAUGGACAUUCCCUAUUGGUCCAGGGGCAAGGCGGGAGCCCCUCCUCCCUGCAGACUCAGCCAAUAGAGGAGCAGAAGGAGGUGGACACCGAGAUGGGCCCGGCCGUCCUCAUUAUGAAGCCCAUCCUGAGGUUCCUGCAGCUCCUAUGUGAGAACCACAACCAGGACCUGCAGAACUUCCUGCGCUGCCAGAACAACAAGACCAACUACAACCUGGUGUGCGAGACCCUCCAGUUCCUGGACAUCAUGUGUGGAAGCACCACAGGCGGCCUGGGCCUGCUGGGCCUGUACAUCAACGAAUCCAACGUCCACCUCAUCACGCAGACCCUGGAGACCCUCACCGAGUACUGCCAGGGCCCGUGCCAGGAGAACCAGACGUGCAUCGUGACGCACGAGUGCAACGGCAUCGACAUCAUCACGGCGUUGAUCCUCAACGACAUCAGCCCGCUGUGUCGCUACCAGAUGGAGAUGGUGCUGCAGCUCAAGGACAACGCCUCCAAGCUGCUGCUGGCGCUGAUGGAGAGUCGACACGACAGCGAGAACGCAGAGAGGAUCCUGUUUAACCUCCGACCCCGAGAACUGGUGGACGUGAUCAAGAAGGCCUACCACCAGGAGAGCGAGUGUGAGGGCGGGGAGGUGUCUCCUCGGGAGGUGGGACACAACAUCUACAUCCUGGCCCAGCAGCUGGCCAGACACAACAAGGCGCUGCAGAACCUCCUGAAGCCUCCCAAGAAGAACAAAGAAGGAGAGGAAGGCAUCUCCUCUAUGUUAAACUUGAACAAUCGUCCUCUGUCACAAAUGUUGAAGUCGUCAAUACCGACUAAUGUUGUGGAACAAGACCCUCUGGAGUACUACGACCUGCUCACUUCUCAGAUUGAGAUAGUGCGUGACGACCGGAGCAUGGAGCAGAUCGUGUUCCCUGUCCAUCCCAUCUGCGAGUUCCUGACCGAAGAGUCCAAGUGUCGCGUCUUCAACACCACCGAGCAGGACGAGCAGGGGUCAAAGGUCACGCAGUUCUUCGAGCAGACGUCCUUCCUGCACGGAGAGAUGGAGUGGCAGAAGAAGCUGAGGAGCAUGCCGGUGUUGUACUGGUUCUCUGGGAAGAUGUCUCUGUGGGGAACCAUCUCCUUCAACCUGGCCGUCUUCAUCAACCUCAUCAUCGCCUUCUUCUACCCCUACAACUCAGGACAAGCCGGCGCCAUCGACGACUCCCUGCUGCUGAUGUUGUUCUGGAUUCUGAUUGGUCUGUCCGUGCUGGCCUUGCUCUCGCAGCGUUACGGCCUGCAGCCGCUGACUCUGGCGCUCAUCCUGAGGUCCAUCUACCACCUGGGCAUCGGAAACACGCUCAUCCUGCUGGGGGCGCUCAACCUGAUCAACAAGGUCGUGUUCGUGGUGAGCUUUGUGGGCAACAACGGCACCUUCAUCAUGGGCUACAAGGCCAUGGUGAUGGACGUGGAGUUCCUCUACCACCUGGCCUACGUGCUCACCUCCACGCUGGGCCUCUUCGUCCACGAGCUCUUCUACAGCAUCCUGCUGUUCGACCUGAUCUACCGCGAGGAGACGCUCUUCAACGUGAUCAAGAGCGUGACGCGCAACGGACGCUCCAUCCUGCUGACGGCGCUGCUCGCCCUCAUCCUGGUCUACCUCUUCUCCAUCGUGGGCUUCCUGUGCCUCAAGGACGACUUCAUCAUGGAGGUGGACCCGCUGCCGCAGAUCGCCCAAGCUCCGGGGCAGGGCCACGCCUCGCAGGAGUUACCCCGGUCCUGUUCUGCCGACGGCGUCAGCUGCACGGCCGAGGCCGAAGAGGAAGAUGAGACCACCUCAGAGCGAGCGUGCGACACGCUGCUGAUGUGCAUCGUCACCGUCCUGAAUCACGGCCUGAGGAACGGCGGCGGCGUGGGCGACGUCCUCCGCCAGCCGUCCAAGAACGAGCCGCUGUUUCCCGCCCGCGUGGUCUACGACUUAUUGUUCUACUUCAUCGUCAUCAUCAUCGUCCUCAACCUGAUCUUUGGCGUCAUCAUCGACACAUUUGCCGACCUGAGAAGCGAGAAGCAGAAGAAAGAAGAGGUCCUGAAGACCACCUGUUUUAUCUGUGGUCUGGAGCGAGACAAGUUCGACAACAAGACGGUGUCGUUCGAGGAGCACAUCAAGCUGGAGCACAACAUCUGGAACUACUUGUACUUCAUCGUGCUGGUGCGUGAGAAGAACAAGACGGACUACACGGGGCCUGAGAGCUACGUGGCCAUGAUGAUCAAGAACAACAACUUGGACUGGUUCCCUCGCAUGCAGGCCAUGUCUCUGGUGGUCACCGAGGGCGACGGCGAGCAGAACGAGAUGAGGAUGCUGCAGGACAAACUGGCCUCCACCACCAAGGUUGUCAUGACGCUCACCACGCAGCUCACUGAGCUGAAGGAGCAGAUGACGGAGCAGAGGAAGAGGAGGCAGAGGAUGGGUUUUGUUGACGUCCAGCAGGGCGGCAGUGCUUCACUCCCUCCCAGCGCAGCAGGUGGAAACCCCCAGCUGUAAAAAAAAAAAAAAAAGAUUGAGUAGAGUGAAGUGCACUCAAUAAAGACACUACCAAGAUGUUUUUGAUAGAAAUUAUUUAAUGUUUAUUCAUGUUAUUUAAUGCUGAACGAUGUGCUAUAAUGAGAUGCUAACAUUUCACUGUUUUGGAUGGAAAGUGACUUGAACAUGUUAUGUUAAAUAGAAUAUUAAUAAUAGCAUAACAUGAGUGAUGUGCUUUUAGCCUCAUUUAAACUGUAAGAAAAAUAUGUUUUUGUUAAACAUUUAUUUAAAUGUGACAUUCAUGUUUGUAUUAAGUUGAUUAAAUGUCAUA